GCUUUCGGUGAGAGCUCGAUCGAUCAGAGUGACUGUGUAGUCCAGAAACUAUCUGAGAAUUGAGAGAUGGCGGACCGUUUCUUCCACAAUGAAAUGCCGGAUUUCGUCCCAGAAGCUACUGAGGAGACAGCCGUGGAAGGUGUCGGAGAUUCUCUUGUAAAGCUCCUCUCUCUUCCUUACCCAAUUCUCGCUGAGAGAUUUAAGCAAACGGCUUUGGAUCUCAAGGAAACGAUCGUUAUGGAGACAUGGGGACUUAGGGGAAGACGCGUUAAGGAUUUCUCAUUCUAUACGGGUGCUCUUGGGACUGCUUUCUUGCUCUUCAAAGCCUUCCAAGUCACUAACAACCGGAACGAUCUCAACCUCUGCUCUGAUAUUGUUAAGGCUUGCGAUUCUGCUUCUCGUGGUUCUAAUGUUGUGACAUUUAUAUGUGGGCGAGCCGGUGUGUGCGCUCUCGGUGCUGCUGCAGCGAGGCAGGCAGGCGAUGAACGGUUGCUUAAUUACUAUAUAACCCAAUUUAAGGAGAUUAAGCUUCCUAAAGAUGUCCCGGACGAGUUGUUGUAUGGGAGAGCUGGGUUUUUAUGGGCUUGUGCGUUCUUGAACAAACACAUUGGUGAAGGGACGAUUCCUCCCAGCUACACUGGUGUAGUGGUGAGUAAGAUUAUUGAGAACGGAAGAAGAUUAUCCAAAGAGGGUAACUCACCUUUGAUGUAUGAAUGGCAUGGCAAGGAGUACUGGGGUGCUGCCCAUGGAUUAGCUGGUAUUAUGCAUGUAUUGAUGCAUAUGCAACUCAAACCAGAUGAAGUUGAGAAUGUCAAGGGUACUCUUCGCUACAUGAUUAAGAAUCGCUACCCAAGCGGGAAUUACCCCUCGAGUGAGGGUAGUGAUUCGGAUCGUCUCGUCCAUUGGUGUCACGGUGCCCCUGGGGUUACCCUCACACUUGCUAAAGCUGCUGAGGUUUUUGGAGGUGAGGAGUUUUUAAGAGCAGCUGGCGAUGGUGGAGAAGUGGUUUGGAACAGAGGUUUGCUUAAGCGGGUCGGGAUUUGCCAUGGCGUGAGCGGGAAUGCAUACACAUUCCUCUCGCUCUACCGAUUGACGGGUAAAGUGGAGUUUCUGUACAGGGCCAAAGCCUUUGCUUGCUUUCUACUAGACAGUGCUCAGAAGCUUAUAUCGGAGGGGAAGAUGCAUGGAGGUGAUCGCCCCUACUCACUGUUUGAAGGGAUUGGAGGUAUGGCCUAUCUCUUACUGGACAUGAUAGAACCCUCUAAGGCCAGGUUCCCGGCUUAUGAGCUCUGAAAACCCUCCUUUCUUUGGAGAACUGGAAUUACAAGUUUGAGAAUCUCUAGAUGGAACUUACUAGAUAGGUGUAAAGAAAUACCAAAGUUUUGUACAUUGAUGUUGCUGGUAUAUGUUACUGGUGUAUGUUAUGGGUCUAAAUGUCUAAUACUAGAUAUCUCACUCUUACCCACGACCAGUAAAAAUGAUAAUGCCCCAGAAGUUUCCCUGUUUAAUGCUUCAAAAUUUCAUGUUCAUUCAUUCUAUUGCUAACAGUUAGUAU